GACUUACUCACUAGCCUACCUACGUAAGCUCACUGUCGCCGCGACUCUUACCUGAGCCAGUGGCUGAAUAGGCUUUUGAUGGCUUCGGCCCACGGGGCGCCCCGGCGCCGGGAGGGCAGCGUCGAGUCACUGGAAGCGGAGGCAUGGGAUAUCGCAAGCUCCAAGAGAUUUGCUAACGCGGCGCAUUACGCAGCCGCGGCUGUGGUCCCGUCCGAAGGUCUGCCACUGCCAACGGGGAGAUGCCACGGCCCCCCCACCCACCCCAAAGGAAAGAUAUCGUCCGAGCGCCAGCCCGAGCCGCCCGCCGGCGAUACCUGCCAAGCCUCUCGUGCAGGACAAGAAAGGAGGGUGUGAAGAAGAAGGCGUCAUCGCGAUGGCGCAUGACCUUCCUUGUCUGGCAGAUCGCUUCAACGAGCAUCUGUAUACUGCAUAGGGAUGGAUACCUGUGCAGCUCUCCAUGCACCGCAAACACCCGGAUCUUCUCGCCUGCGAGUUUAAUUCUUCCGCACCAACCGUGUCGCGCAUCGUCCUGCAGCUCCUGUUCGUGUGGGUCCGGGGGGAGGGGGGCCGGUCGGCCAAGAAGGUCCGUUCUUGUGUCCACCCCCGUCCGGCAGGAACUCGGACCCUCCCGUCCCGGGGCCCGGGCUUACGUUCACCUCCCCGUGCGGCGGCGCGCUUCAGGUGAGAUUUUCAACAAUAACAAAAAAAGAAGAAGGAGAAAAAAAAAACCCCAGCGGCGUAGAAAAGAAGGGAGAAAAGAACGGAUAAAAAAAAACCUCCCAACGAAAAAAUGGCGAUUUGGUUUUUGUUGUCGUCCGCGACUAUGAGGUGGUCGUAGGAAGGCCGGCGACCUGCGUUGCCACGUCAAACCACCCGUGUGUUGACCAACUUCGCCCAUGCCGUGCGUCUGGGCGGGCUGCGCAAUCCUAAGAGGCCGACGAGGAGCCCCCCCCCCCCCCCCCCC